AUGAAGGCACUCUUCACAGCACUCAGGAAGCAGUUGCAAUGCCAUGCCUGCCCUGACCCAGGCUACACAUACACAUGGGAUGGUCAAGCCCAACAGUUCCAAAUCAAGUGCUCAGUGUGUGGCAGAAAGCUGAACCAGUCCCAGGCCAGGGAGCAUAUCCUCCAGCUUGUUACCCAGGAUGAGUUGAUCUUGCCAGAGGAGUUCCUGCCAGCCCCUGCCAAGUCAACUUGGUCUCCCUCCCCAGCUGAGCCAAUCACCACAGUGGAGCAUCUGCCCACUCCAGAGGCUCCAGCUGCCACCACCACCAUGCAGCUGCAUUCCAAGAUGGUCCAGGACCCUACAACAGCCAUGGAGAUGUCUUUGGAGAUCCACUGGGUGCCCAUGCUCAACACUAUUGUCCCAAUGGAUGGUAUGGUGGAGGUACCACAUCUACCAAGGGUCAAGCGGUCCACCACAAUCAAGCCAGAUGGUAACUGUCUUUUUAGGGCUGUCAGCUACCAUGUCUAUGGUACUCAGGACCACCACAUGGAGGUCAGGAAAGAUGCAGUGGAGUGGCUCCAUAGCCAACCAUACUUGGUGGCCACCUUUGCUGCAGAGGGUAGUGGUCACCUUGGACCUGGUGCCUGGCUGGACCAGAUGGCCAAGGAAGGCACCUGGGGAGAUGAGCUCACCCUCCUGGGACUCGCAGAGGCACACCACUGCAGCCUGUGGGUGUACUCUGACCAGCAUGACCUCCACACCACCUACCCAGGUGGAGCUGGUGGACCAUACCAGGGGCUCAUCCACCUGGGUGGCAACCACUAUGAGAUCCUGAGCUUGUGA